GUUGGUGCCUUUUUCUUGCAUUCGCAAUGGCUGCUGUUCACGAUGACAAUUCCACAUCCACUGACAAUAAACCAGCGCCGGACCAUGCCAAUUCAGGGCCAGGAGGCGACAGCAUGGACAAGAAGCUACUAUCUGCCACAGAAGCGCCAGCAGCCCUGCACAUAGAGCAGAACCCUAUGACUACCCCAAGAGCGCAGAGUGCAACAACAACGACAAGCGCACCACUAUCAGCGAAGCGGACUGCCGGGUCAUUAACCGAUGAUACGCUGAGCCUCGAUUCUGCCAGCGACAGCGAGUUCCCGGACGCCCUCUCGCUGCUGAAAACGCCAGUCCGCGAACAAGCACAAAAAAGGCCGCAAGCGCAAGCGUGUAUCGUUAGGCAAGGCAAAGUCAGAUGUACCGUGUAUACAGAAACCUGCUGCACGCAUCACAUCGCGAGUAGGCGAGCAUCGUGGCACAGUGGACCGCAGGCGCAUCUUUACACAAAGGUCAGGGGCUUCCUGGACGACUUGCAUAGUUGCCCUAUGGACAAUGUUGCUGAGCUUUCUAAGACCGAGGACCGUCUGGGUAUCUUCUUUGGAGGGGACAGAGUAAAAAAGAGACAGCUUAUGUCGCGUGUACGCAGGGGGCAUUUGAAUGGCCUCGAAUUUGACUUUAUCGGCCGACUGCUGGGCAAAUGGUUCAAAACACCUCCAAAGGCAGCACUCGGCGAUCUGGCUGAGAUGAUGCCUACAAAAAUACCAGAGUCAGCGAAGCAAGCACGCCGUCCCGCAACCACGGUGCAAUCUGGCAACCUUGUGCUCUUGCCGCACGCAAUCAAGCGGCUCAUUCAGUUGCCCGAGGAUCGCAUGGAACAGAUCAUGGCCAUCCGCAGAAUCGGUCAGCGCAGCGCUCUGUAACAGCAUCCCUGUAUAUGGAUGCAAACGCCCUGCAUAUCUAAAUAUAGUUUAUUCAGCAGAUGUGUUUCUAUCUUACGAGUUUUGUGGAAGAGUAAUGUCGAGAGCCGCUGAGUAGUGG